AGAAGAAGUGGGGCCGCGCAUGCCCAGCUGCCGUAAAUGAAUCCGAAUUUACGUAAAAACAAACGUCUACACGUUCAUUGUGAGGAGAAGCGGCCUAGCACCGAACCGACUGCGGCCUUUAGUCACAGUAAACGGAGAUAAAACUCACAUUGGAGACGCCCAGGGGUUUACGUAAUAUGUGGAUACAACACUAGAGGCACCCAGGUUCAAGUUAAGGAACGUGGACUGCAAUUUAAAGACGCUUAUUCAAAAAACAAACCAAUCUUUUUCAAGCAUUUGAGACGCACGAAGAAAGAAGCUAACCUUUUGGGAUCCGGUCAUGUCUCGCCGAAGAAGCCACAGCCCGUCACCGGGGCGUUAUUCACGCACCUGCAGCAGUAAUGACCCUAGAGAAUUGGAGAGACGGAUUUUUGUGGGGAAUUUGCCGACCUCCGACAUGCAAAAAAAGGAUCUGGAAGAACUGUUCAGCCCAUACGGGAAGAUAGUCGGCGUGUCCAUGUUUCGUGGGUUUGGAUUUGUACAAUUUGAACACAUUGAGGAAGCCGAAGCUGCAAAGGCGGCCCAAAAGGGUCGAAUAUAUAAAGGUUAUAAAAUAGAUGUAAAUAUGGCAGUGGAGCGACGGCAAGCUAAACCUCAAUCCCAGCAGAGUCCCCCACGAAGGGCCCCGUAUAGCAGCUAUGCGGACACCAAAGAGCUCCGGCCUCGCUCACGCUCACCCGUUUAUGCGCGUGAAGGACGAGAUAGCCGUGAUGGACGGGAUUCACGUGAGCCCCGGGACAGCCGUGAGCCUCGGGACAGCCGUGAAGCAAGGGACCCAGUCAGAGAGCCGAGACCAGCUAGCCAUUCUCGAGACAAUGACUACCGAUAUCGCAGCUCAGAGAGCCGAGACAAAGACCCGCGAGAACCCAGAGAAGCCAGAGACUCCCGAGACCCCCGAGACCCCCGAGAUCCUGCGUUCAGAGAGGACCUUGACCGUUACUACCGUAGCGGCAGUGGGGCAGACGAAUAUUACCGGAGGAAGGAAGAACCUUACAGAGACCCUUACAGAGAUCCUUGGAAUGGACGCCGUGAGCCUGAGGUUGAAGACCGCACUCGGCCCGAAGAACGUCGGCGUAACGAGUUGUAUCGACAGUACUAUGAAGAACUCCAGAGGCGCUAUGACUCUGACCGCCCUGUGGACUGCUCUGUGAUUGUCGUCAACAAGGCUCAAAAUUUCGAAAACAACUGUAGGGAGUAUGCUGAGACGGUCGGGCGUAAGGUCCGUGAUUUGGGCAUGGUGGUGGAUCUGAUUUUCCUCAACACUGAAGUGUCACUGACCCAGGCACUGGAGGAUGUUGGGAGAGCACGCACCCCCUUCGCCAUCAUCAUUACCCAGCAGCACCAGGUCCACAGGUCCUGCACUGUCAACAUCUUGUUUGGCACACCUCAAGAACAUCGUAACAUGCCAAUGCAGGAUGCUAUGAUGCUGGUUGCCCACAACUACGACGCCUACAAAGUUGAGAACCGGGAAAAGGAGCGUGAGGAGAUUGCCAGAAAGGCUGCCAAGAUGGCAGACGAUGUGUUGCUAAGGGAAGCUGACAGAGAAAGUCACCCCAUCUCUGUGCUCACUGCCAUCACACUGCUGUCUGAGAACAGAUUUGUGACCCCAGAAGAACUGGACAGUCUCAUUGCAUACCUGAAGGAUAAAAGAGGCCGGCUGCUCCGAAGCACUGCAGACCCUCUUGCAGCUCCAGCAGCGGUUCACCAUGACAUUCCACCUUCGGCGUCAGUACUGCCUCCUGUAUCCCACUCUUCUCUUGCACCCCAGCAAUCCAGCCACCUUAGCCUGUCAGCUGCUGCAGCUGCCACUGCUAACCCAAGCCAUCAGCAGGAGCUGCAGGCUAAAAUCCUCAGCCUGUUCAACAGCGGCACGGGAGCGUCAGCAGCUCUGUCCUCCACCUCUCAGGCAUCGGCCUACAGCUCCCUAGGUCCAAUCCCUUCACAGAACCCACCGCCGCUCCGCCCAGCCAUGACUGGCCCUCCUUCGGCACCAAGUCAGGGUUACGGUGCUCCACCAGGCCGCAUACCAGUCACACAAGGUAGUCAAAGACCCCCAAGCACUGCUUCAGGAAUCAAUUUUGACAACCCAAGUGUACAGAAAGCAUUGGACACCCUCAUUCAGAGCGGACCAUCUCUCAAUCACCUUGUGGGCACUGCUGCUUCCCAGCAGCCGCCGCCGGCUCCCAGGCCGGCACCAAGCAUGAGCCAGGUCCCGCCUAUGUCUAUGUACCCCCGACAUUAUUGAAUGGUUGUAGUGAGUUAAUGAUCUAAUGUAAGGUCCACUUUUCCCUCUGACACAAUUAGCUGACCCAUCAAUUUUUGUGCAGUGAAUUGACCUGCUGUGUAAAGGUAGCUUAUAGGAAUGUUUGUAAAAGCUUUUAAGUUUUUAUUUUUUUCAGGAUGUUGCACUUGGUUAUAUUUGAUGACUUAUUCAGACUAACUCAUUGUCUGUAUUUUCAAUUAUUAGAUUCAAGAUAAUUCUUCAGUCUUCUUUCAUGUGACUUAAACUAUGAAUUGUGUAAACUACAGUAUGUUUUGGUUUUCAAAGGACUGCCACAUUCUUUUCCAACCAUGACCUGUUGUUUUAUAGUUUUUCACAGUGUUCAUUUUUAAUUUGUAACAUUUCUGUGUCGUAACGAGACAUGAUUAAAAACCCAAACACAAUUUCUGUAAUAAAAUGGUAUUGGUUUA